AUGGCCGCACGCGAGCUCAUACCGCUCGAAGACGUCGCAAAGAUGCCUGCACCAGGUCUUAGCUCACCCUCUAGCGUAAGUUUUAGUCCAGAUGGACGUAUUGUGGCCUUCUUACACGCUCCCGAGUCUCAAAGUGGCCUUUCACGCCAAUUAUACGCACUGGAUAUGGCCUCUCGCCGUGUGUCACUCCUUGCAGCGCCACCGAAUCAAGGCAACACAGAAUGCAAUUUCAGUCUUGAGGAAAAGCUGAGACGUGAACGACAGCGUCAAAUGGGGAUUGGAAUCACGUCCUACGCGUGGAAUCCGUCACCUCAUUCGCAGCGUCUUCUGUACCCUCUACAAGGUGAUAUCUAUAUUCAAGAGUAUCCGGGGGCAGAGCUUAAGUUGCUCUUUGAUAAGACGUCUACGGGUGCCGUAGGGGGUGCUAUUGAUCCGCAAUUUUCUCCGGAUGGACGAUGGGUGGCUUUUGUACAGGACAAGGAGAUUUAUGUUAUUACCAGUCAUGCAACGGGACAGCAGCAGGCAAUACAGGUGACAACAGGAGCAAGAGGAAUUGACGGAAGAUCCAAUGGCUUAGCCUGUUUUCUGACACAAGAGGAACUCAAUCGGUUCCGAGGUUUUUGGUGGGCUCCCGACAGCUCGAGACUAGCUUUUGAAGAGAUUGACGAGAGUCACAUACCGAAAUUUCGGAUCAUGCACUCGGGCAGUGCUGAGCCAACAGGAGAUGCGGCACAGGAAGAUCAUCGCUACCCUUUUGCAGGUGCCGCCAAUCCAAAGCGAAGGUUGGGAGUCAUUACAUUGCCACAUGCCAAUCAGGCAAUAACGCAGCUUCAAGAAAAACAGCAGCAAUAUGAAAUACCCACACCAAUGUGGAUGGACUUUGCAUCAGUGAAUCCAGACAAGGACUUUUACAUUGCGAGAGUGAAUUGGCUGCCAGAUCUGUCUUUAGGUGUGCAAAGGCUGAAUCGACUUCAGACAGAGCUCUUGUUCAUUCGAUUUGAUGUACAGACAGGACAUGCUACAACACUAAUUCAGGAAACUAACCCAAUAUGGAUAAAUGCGAGCUACCUGUUCCGCAACUUGGAAGUGGAGAGCAAUAGUACGUUUCGUUUUUUGUGGGCGUCUGAGCGAACUGGCUUCAUGCAUUUGUACCUGUACGAGUACACGGCUGGAGCACCGAGAGCACAGCUUCUUAAUACUGUGACGAGCGGCAAAUGGAGUGUGGAAUCUGUGGAAGGUGUUGACUUGGCACAAGGGCGUGUGUUCUUCUGUGGUACGGUAGACUCUCCGCUGGAGCGUCAUUUGUAUGUGGCGUCGCUUUCUCCGGCUGAUGACCCACCGCUUCCCCCAUCAAACUGA